AUGCUGGUCAGGGGGCUUCCUCUGCGCUCAGUCUUGGUCAAAGGCUGCCAGCCCCUCCUGAGUGCUCCUCGGGAGGGCCCGGGGCACCCCAGGGUGCCCACUGGAGAGGGAGCCGGCAUGUCCAGUCACAGCCCUCGCCCCUUCAAGGAGAUCCCCUCCCCUGGUGACAAUGGCUGGAUAAACCUCUACCAUUUCUGGAGGGAGAAGGGCCCAAAGAAAUUACACUAUCACCACUUCCAGAAUUUCCAGAAGUAUGGCCCCAUUUACAGGGAGAAGCUUGGCAACGUGGAGUCAGUUUAUAUCGUGGACCCUGAAGAUGUGGCUCUUCUCUUUAAGUUCGAGGGUCCCCAUCCGGAACGAUUUCUCAUCCCACCCUGGACCGCCUAUCACCAGUAUUUUCAGAAACCUGUUGGGGUCCUGUUUAAGAGCUCAGACGCCUGGAAGAAAGACCGGCUAGCUCUGAACCCGGAGGUGAUGGCUCUAGAGUCCAUAAAGAACUUCAUUCCCCUGCUGGACCCGGUGUCGCAGGACUUCGUCAGCCUCCUGCACAGGCGCAUGGAGCAGCAGGGCUCCGGAAAGUUCUCUGGUCCCAUCAUUGAAGACCUGUUUCGCUUCGCCUUCGAGUCCAUCACCAACGUCAUAUUUGGGGAGCGCCUGGGGAUGCUGGACGAGAUAGUGGACCCUGAGGCCCAGCGCUUCAUUGAUGCCGUCUACAAGAUGUUCCACACCAGCGUCCCCAUGCUCAGCCUCCCCCCAGACCUGUUCCGUCUGUUCAGGACCAAGACCUGGAGGGACCAUGUGGCCGCAUGGGACACAGUUUUUAGUAAAGCUGAACAAUACACCGAGAAAUUCUACCAGGACCUGAAACAGAAAAGACACUUCGACAGUUAUCCAGGCAUCUUCUACCGCCUCCUAGCAAGCAACAAGCUGCCCUUUAAGGACAUCCAGGCCAACGUUACCGAGAUGCUGGCGGGGGGCGUGGACACGACGUCCAUGACGCUGCAGUGGCACCUGUACGAGAUAGCACGCAACCUAAGGGUACAGGAGAUGCUGCGGGAGGAAGUCCUGGCUGCCCGGCGUCAGGCCCAGGGAGACACGAGCACGAUGGUGCAGAUGGUCCCACUGCUCAAAGCCAGCAUCAAGGAGACCCUGAGACUCCACCCCAUCGCCGUGACUUUGCAGAGAUACCCCCAAAACGACUUGGUUAUUCGAGAUUACAUGAUUCCUGCCAAGACACUGGUGCAGGUGUCCAUCUAUACCAUGGGCCAAGACCCCACCUUCUUCUCCAAUCCGCGCCGUUUUGACCCGACCCGAUGGCUGGAUAAAAACAAGGACCUCACCCACUUCCGGAACCUGGGCUUUGGCUGGGGUGUGCGGCAGUGUUUGGGCCGGCGGAUCGCCGAACUGGAGAUGACCCUCUUCCUCAUCCAUAUUCUGGAGAACUUCAGAGUUGAAAUCCAACAUCUCAAUGACGUGGACAGCACAUUCGGCCUCAUCCUGAUACCUGAAAAGCCCAUCUCCUUCACCUUCUGGCCCAUCACCCGGGCCCCACCCCAGGCGUGA